AUGCCUAGUCCGGGCCUCCGACACCACGAAGGCACUACAGGAGAUCAAGGGAGGAUGGAUGGGAUAUUGAUUCUGUUCUGUUUACUGAGACGAACUGUAUCUUGGGCUUGGGGCCGAACGUUUCCCCGAAAUCGCGAAGAGGGCGAUCUAUCGAUCGGGUUUCAUCACGGCACACAAUCGCAUCGUCACUUGAUACAUAACUGUGUCGAAAUGGGAUAUUAUCCGUUGUUGUGGCGCAGUGUUGAUAUACAGGAUACGAUGGAGCUGGUUGGCAUAGGCUCGGGUAGUGGCGGUUGUCUCAAGGGGCUACCUUACCAUGCCUGGAUUAAGAUGUUGGCAGAGAAGACGCAUAUAGGUCUAAGUCGACGGGAAUCAUAUGAGAACAGGCCUCGAUACGACGCUACAAAGUCUGCUCGGGCUCUAGAGAGCUAG